AUGGAAGAUGCCUUGUUCAAAAUCAGGUGUCACUUGAAUUCUAAGCUGCCCAAUCAGAGGCAACCAGCGUUGCUCCUCGUUGCUCUCGAGGAAACUAUCAAAGAACAAUCCCCAGAGCAAUCUCAAAGCCCACUGCCAAUCAGCUACCACAGCUUAAUCUUGAGUACUCUCGAUGAAGCAAUCAGCUCAAAUAAUACUGAGAUCAUCUCCUCUGCAAUAUACUUGGAAGCCACCGUUAUCAAAUUCAUCGACAAGAAGAUAUUGCACAACCAAUAUCAAAUCUUUGAAUCCCUAUUGCAGCUACUGAGCAAGUUCACUAGCAACACUCCCACUCUCAAGUCCUUACUUGUUGUCUACGAGGAGUUCUUUAAAUCCUUAGACACCCAACAACUCCAAUUAUCCUCCUUCAAAUCUGCUUAUAAUGACAUAUUGAAGCUAUCCAUCGACAACAGACCAAAAGUUAGAAAACUGGCUCAAUUUUCAAUCUCAAACAUCCUCACAGACACCCCCAAUCAUCCACACACUUACCUUCCUAUAACCACCUCUUGGGUUAUCAAGUCUUUCAACGAUUUGGUUAAAAGAUCCACACACGCCCCUUCUGAAUCUGGUAUUCACUUGUGUGCCUUUGUGCACUCACUCGAUUCCAUCUGGCCAAUUCAAUCCCUCCCUAAAUUGGCUAAUUCCCUCUUAAACACUCCACACCUCGGCAAUUCAUACCUCACUUCAUCCUCCUACCACCUUCUCAGUCAAUUACUCGCCAACAAAUCCUCUCACACCACCUUCGAUCAAGAGAAGCUCAAAACUCUCGUCGAUUCCAUCACUUCUUCUCUCCCUAAACCUGAUGACACCCUUUUGCUCUCUCCUUGGCUCGGUAUACUUGACGCUGCAAUCUCUGCAUACGCUAGACUUGACCCAAAUGCUGCCGCUCUUGUUAUUUUGAACGUUUGGCCGAAAAUUUUCAAUUCUCACGGUCUAGCCAGUACCAGCACCGAUGUGCGUAAAUCUGCCGAAAUUGCAUGCUGUGGUAUCAUCAGAUGGGGUGUGAGUUUGGAUAUGAUAAAGAACACUAUAGACAACAACGGUGGUGUCAACCUAUCUCCGAUCCUCGACUCUAUUCUCGCAAGCUUAAAGGGUAUCUCACACCGUCACUCCAUUCCAAACGUCCUCAAUGUUCUCAACGCGCUCAUCAGCAAACUUAGAGUGCGUUUCUCAUAUCCAGGCCCAACAGCAGCACAGUCUCUCAUCGCACCACAUCUCACAACUAUCGCCGAUCUCCGCCAGAUGCCAAACUUCGAAUACAGGGAGAAGACGGACGAUGUAUUUGGUAUGGCAUUGGAAGUGUGUGGACCAGCCUAUGUGCUUGAACUCCUCCCUCUCAAUCUCAGCCCAUCUCUCCAAGCCAAGGGCAAAGAAGGCCGUGCGUAUCUGCUGCCAAUUAUGCGCUCACGCAUAACCAACACCUCUCUCAACUACUUUGUCAAAGAAUUGGUCCCACUCUCAUCGCAGAUGUUCGAGUUCGCCUCGCAGUCCAAAAACCAGGGCAAGGAACUCGAAGCAAAGAUAUACAGCACUUUGAUGGAGCAGAUCUGGAACACCUUCCCCUCAUUCUGCAAUCUGCCAGUAGAUAUGACUGUUGGUUUGAAUGAUGAGUUCGCAAGCAUGCUCAGCAAUGUACUCUACUCGCAGCCUCAGUUGAGGUCAUUCGUGUUGAAAGGACUGCGCAACCUCAUCGAAAAGAAUGUAUCUUUGCAAAAGUCACAGGGACCAACAGAGGAGCUCAAGAAAGCGUUCAAUGGAAUGGGUCAAGAGGAGGCAACAGUCAACAUCAAUUACCUCAAGACCAUCGCACCAAAUCUUCUCUCAGUGCUAUUUGACCUUUUCGGCACAGUCAGCAGGGAAAGCAGAGGUAUGGUUGGUGAAGUUAUAGCCGACUACCUAACCAUAGCCUCUGAAAAGGACAUUAGCGGCACGUAUAAGAAGAUGUCCAAGUCACUCCUUGAGACGCUCCCACAGCACAACGUCAAGAUGGCGAAAGCAGCGAAAUCUAACAAGACAUUCAACGCAGCAUCUGACAAUCUAGUAGCACCACACACGACGAUGGAUCUGCUAAUCCUACUCUCACCCCAUCUCAGUGCAAAAUUGGGUGCAAAUGCCUGGGAACUCGCUACGUCUGAGCAGGUGCUAAUGAGCGAAGACCAGGCUGUUCAGAAAAAGGCUUACAGGAUGCUCAACAGACUGUGCGAGAACCACAGCGGACUCUUCACACAUGACGGCAGCAGAAUCGAGAAAGCCAUCAACACACUCACUAACACUGACAAUAUCAGCGGUGGUGUGAAGAGAGAUCGCUUAGAGGUAUUCACGCUGCUUGUGCGGUUCAUACCGUCAGAUAAACUCCACUAUAUCGUUUCUGUCGUCCCCGAAGCGGUGCUUGGAGUGAAGGAGACUAACGAGAGAGCGCGAUCUGCUGCAUUCGAGCUGUUAUUAGAAUUAGGGAGUAAAAUGGCACGCGGUGGCAAGAUAGAGAGGGGUGUGAUGGGUGAACAUGAGCAUGAAGCUGAUGGGAUGGAAGCAGAAGCAGCAACAUCAACUGAGACAGUGGAUGCCGAUAUCAAUGAAUAUUUCACCAUCCUCUCAGCAGGUCUAGCUGGUUCUACGCCGCAUUUCAUCUCUGCCACGCUCACGUCUCUUGCGCGCGUUCUCUUCGAAUUCAAAGAGUCAAUCGACACAGCUCUAGUGGAUAAUCUGCUUGGCACGCUGCACAUCUUCGUCGGUAGCACCAACAAAGAAAUCGUCAAGUCAGGUAUCGGGCUGGUCAAGGUGGCUAUAACGUCGCUCUCCUCGGAAUUAGUUUUCGCGCAUCUCGCCACUCUCAUACCCGCGCUGCUUGGAUGGAAGAGCGAGAACAAGAAUCACUUCAAGGCGAAUAUCCGCCAUAUAUUCGAGCGUCUAGUGAAGAAGUUCGGAGUCGAUGUUGUCGAUGCGCAUACACCGGCUGCGGACAAGAAACUCAUAAGCAAUAUCCGCAAGCGCACACAGAGAGCGAAGAAGGGGAAGAGUGACAAGGAUAGAGAGGACGAAGGCGACAUGCUCGACCAGGAUGAAGAUGCAGGCAAGAAAGCUAAAGGCACGGACGCGUUCGAAGACGCUCUCUACGGAUCUGAGUCUGAGUUCGAGGAGAGCGACGACGAAGAUGGCAAGGAGAAGGGCGCUAAAGGUACUGGCAAAGACAAAGGCGGUAGAAAGGGUGCGAAGAAGAAUACCAACAACGCUUCUGAUACUUACAUACGUGAGGAUGAUGGCGAACUUGUCGAUCUGCUCGAUAAGAGCGCUAUUAAUAACCUCACCUCAUUCGAUCCAUCCAAGCAAUCAAAGAGGAAACAACCAGGCCAGGAAGCGCAGAAAUAUGAGCUCGACGAUAUGGGCAAGUUGGUCAUCAAGGAUGAUGACAACAAGGAAGCAGAAGAACAACCUGACAAGGUCGCCGGUUCUGCCUACAUCCACAACUUGGAAUCAGAAGAUGGUAUCACGAUGGGCAAGGAUGGUAGAGUGAGAUUCAACAAGAAGAAACGCGACAGGAGCGUCGAAGGUGAUGACGAUGACGAUGCUCAAACUGAUGUCAAGAUGAAUGACGAUAGUGAUGCUUCCAAGAAGAAGAAAAAGAACAAACAGGGCACUGUGGGUGUUGGAAAAGAAUUCAAAUCAAAGCGUGCAGGCGGCGAUGUUACUGCUAAAGGCGGCCAGCAACCUUAUGCUUACGUACCUCUCAACCAGACCAAAAAGCUCAGCAGAGGUGGCCAGGGUCCUCGUCUUGAUGUCACUGGUAAGAAGAAGGGUAGAUCUGGAAAAAAGUAG